AUGGUUGCAACUUCGUCCACUGUUGGAGAUAGAGGCUGGUACAUGAAUACCGGAGCUACGUAUCACCUAACUCCAAAUCUCAACGAUUUGAAUUCACAUACUCCUUUUGUUGGUUCAGACAAAGUCAUCGUUGGAAAUGAUACAUCAAUGUUUGUUUAUUGUAACAAUUCUGCCAUGCUUGUUGUCUUGGUUUAUGUCGAUGAUAUUAUUGUCACUGGCUCAAGUUCCUUGCUCAUUGAACAACUUAUAUCCUCCUUAAACUCUUGCUUUGCUCUCAAGGAUCUUGGUCUUCUCAACUUCUUCCUUGGAAUAGAGCGUGCUGGUUUGUCUGAAUCAAAGCUCGUGACUUCCCCAAUGGCUGUUGGUCAUGUUCUCUCCAUAGCUGAUGGUACUAGAUUUGAAGAUCCCACCUUGUAUCGGAGUCUUGUGGGUGCCCUACAGUAUUGCACAAUUACUAGACCAGACAUUGCUUAUACUAUUAAUAAGUUUUUCCAAUUUAUGCAUGCUCCAACCUCUACUCAUCUUCAAGCCGUGAAGCGUGUUCUUCGUUAUCUCAAAGGUUCAUUGUUUUAUGGGCUUUCUUUCCAACCAUCUUCCUCCCUUGAUCUUAUUGCCUAUACAGAUGCAGAUGGGGCAUCUUGCCCUGAUGAUAGACGUAGCACCAAUGGCUACUGUAUAUUUUUUAGAGGCAAUUUGAUCUCUUGGUCAGCUUCUAAACAAAAGGUGGUUUCUCGCUCUAGUAUCGAAUCCAAAUAUAGGGGCUUGGCUAAUGCAACAAUUGAACUCACUUGGAUCCAGUCUCUACUUAAAGAACUCUUUGUUCCCCUGUUUCAGCCACCUGUUCUUUUUUUGUGA